GUUCUGGGCAGGGCUUGCUGACCCUCCUCUUCUUGGCGGGGGUCGGGCGUGCGGUCCCGGUCCCCGUAAUGUACGGAGGCAGAGGGAAAGGGCUCCGGCCCCCUCGGCGUCAUGUCUUCGGUGCCGACGGUCUCCAGUCCGCCGGUUCUAUCCUCAAGCGCCGGGACACAGGCCUCAAGAAGCCGGGCAGAACCGAAGUUCAGCGGGCCCCUCCCUGGGGUUCUCAUGCCUCCUUUUGUUUCAGGUGUGUGAAGCCGCCCUAGAAGCCGGAGCUGUCGAAUUCCCUACUUUUCCACUUGCCGUAGCAACCAAUAAAGGCCGUUCUUACCGUUGUAGGCUUCUGCCUGGAUUGUGGGCGACAUUUCGCAGAAGGUUGUCUGGCCGACCUUACUGGCAUCUCCCGAUGGCCGCGCUGCGCCGAACCUUCCACCUGGCGACCCUGGCUGCGGGGACGUGCCGCGCCUUGGCCGGCUCCCUGGCCGGUAGCUGCCUUGCGGACCGCUGCCUCUGGGAUAAGCUCCACGCCCAGCCCCGGCUAGACAGAGUCCCCACCUUCGACUGGUUUUUUGGGUAUGAGGAAGCCCAGGGGCUCCUACUGCCACUGCUGCAGGGGGCCCAGGCUGCCUGUCCACUGCGGGUAUUAGACGUGGGCUGUGGGACUUCGAGCCUGUGUACGGGCCUCUACACCAAGUGCCCACACCCUGUGGACGUGCUGGGGGUGGACUUCUCUCCUGUGGCUGUGGCCCACAUGAACAAAGUCCUGGAAGGUCACCCAGGCCAAACACCCCUGUGCCCUGGGAACCCUGCCUCCCGCCUCCACUUCAUGCAGGCUGAUGCCCAAAACCUGGAGCCAGUGGCUUCCUCUGGUUCCUUCCAGCUAGUGCUGGACAAGGGUACCUGGGAUGCUGUUGCCCGGGGUGGUCUGUCUGGGGCUUACCAGCUGCUGUCAGAAUGUCUGAGGGUCCUAAGCCCCCAGGGGACCCUGAUUCAGUUUUCAGAUGAGGACCCUGAUGUGCGGCUUCCCUCCCUGGAGCAAGGAUCCCAAGGCUGGACUGUGACUGUGCAAGAGAUAGGCCCUUUCAGGGGCAUCACGUACUUUGCUCUUGCAAGAUGGCUGGAAAAUGAAGAUUUCCGUCCUGGUUUCCGUGUUUGCUAGCUAGGUGCACAUAGUAUUGACUGUGCCCAUUUACUCACUAGCAAGGUAGGAAUAAUUCCUGGAGUUAUGGGGAUUACAUACAAUGAUAGCUGAAACAUUUAGCAGGCCCAGGCCCACAGAGAAGAUACAAGUGGAUCAUCCCCCACCCCCGACUAACCAGAACUUCUAAAAGCAGCAGAUAAGAAUUCUUAAUCCAAAUCCCAGCAUCGACUGAUUUGUGUGACCUAGUGGCCUAACCUCUAAGCUCAUUUUUCAGACCUGUUGUAAAAGGGGAAGAUUGAGAAAGGAUGGGUAGAAGGGCUCCAUAAACAGACCUGGGUGAAAUGUUAA